CUGAUAGCUGUUCUGGACCAAGUGGAGAUGCGUCUAGAGCGACUGCGACGUGACACAGUGCGCAUCGAGGAAGAAAGGGACUCCCUACUCUUCACAUUGGACAGUGUCAAGCAUUCAGACCUGCUAAACGAUGUCAGCGAAUGCGACAAGGAUGAAAUAAUGCAAUACGCAGAACGGAUCCUGGCGCGGGCGAUGACCGUCGAGGUAGCAGUGAGGACCGACCGGGAUUCGCAGCAGGAGGAGGCACUGCAUCAGGUAAACAUAUACAUAGAUCAACUGGUAGUGUCCGUACAAGAAGAUGCAGUGGUUGCACACACGCGUUGUCAGAUGUAUAUAAAUGCGUGCUCCUCACAGCCGGACCCCAGUACCGGUACCGACAAGAACUUCGAGACCGCCAUCCUGGGCUGCACGCUGGACGACCAGAAACGUGUAAAGAAACGUCUGCAGGGCCUCCAAGAUUAUUUCGCCAAAUUGAAGUUACUACGUGUUAGUGAGUCGAGGACUUGAUUCGUAACAAGCUUGUCAAUAUGUUGCAAAUAGCCUAAUUUUCUCAUCAAAAUUAUAUUAUAAAUAUUUGGCUAUAAGUUUCAUUCAGUGGUAAAUUAUAAGUGAUAAUGUUAGUGUAAGAGAAUGUAUUAUUUGUGUGUGUGUACUUUCUAUUCAAUAACGAGGCGGCCACCAUACUCGCUCAUUCGUAACACACACACACAGACACACACACACACACACAUUGCGUACACAUUCAUAAACCCAUACCCCACACAAACAAAAUAUUAAAUAAAAAGCAAUAUAUAUUAAUUAUAAGUAAAUGACUAUUAAAUUUAGAUAAAUGAAUAUUAGAUAUAAAUAAAUGAAUACUAAUAAUAAAUAAAUAUUUAAUAUCGUUUAAAGCAUGCAAGUUUUCCAUCAACGUUUUAUUCUUGAACUAAAUAAUUGAUGUAAGGUAAUUAAUCGACUAUAUAUAUCUUGUUUUAAGCUUGUAUGGUGGACAUGUCUCUGUUUGGUGUUCUCUCAGUUCCAUGACAGUGGUUACUAACUUUAACAAUUGUGGUAGCUAAAGAUAAACCAUUAUAGUAAUUCUAUGGAUUUAUAUACCUUUAUUCAUAAAAAUAAAAAAAACGUGGACUUACUAUUUUCAUAUGUUCUUAGGUGAUUCUGGCUUCAUUUAAUAAUAUAUUCCUGGGUUAAU